ACUAUUUGGCUGCCACUACAGCGCGCUGUUUCGGCGCCUCAUGUUCGGUUUCAUUCCGGACGAUUCCGUAGAGGACUGGACAGAUGACAGCGACAGCGACGACGACCAACCAGCGAUGCAGCGCCCCACCAUUCCCAACACAAUCGCCACCGGUGGCAUGCCACUCGAACUCUACCGGAAAAUGCUCGCGUCGACUGGCCAUCCGGUCGCGAACAUCGUCAGAGCGCCGUCGGCGCCUCACGCUGUACCAAGAGAGUGGGACGACGAGCAGUUUUGCGGUGCACGUGACUGUAACCGGUGGUUUGACUGGUCGCAAGAGGACGACAAAGCCGCCAACUGGCCGGCUGACAAAGCCGAGCAGAUGAAGACGGUGAAUCCCGGCAAGAAUAACACGUUUAGAGCUGGAAUGAAAGUGGAGGCAUUGGAUCGAAAGUUUCCAAGCCUUACAUGUGUUGCUACUAUACAAGAAGUCAACUCAGAUCGCGUUCGGAUCUACUUCGAUGGCUGGAAUCACAACUACGAUUACUGGUGCCGUUGCGAUUCACCCGAGAUCCAACCAAUCGGAACGUGUGCCAAAAUUGGACUGUCACUCCAAAUUCCAGGUACGUCGCGAGGUCUGUUAGCUCACGAUAUGUGGAUAAACGGAGGAAAGACGUGGCAAGGAUAUCUGAAUGUUACGACAUCAAUUGCUGCUCCUGAGGAAGCCUUCAGUCCGUGUUACUUUCCCGAACAAGGAACAAAGGUGUCUACCCUUCAAGAUGUGACAGUCCGGUCAAUCCUGAGAAACCGAAUCGACUUCAUGGCGUUGCGCACCAUUCCGCUCUCGUUGAAGAGGCUUUUAGUGAGGGGAAGAAAGUGUUGUUGGUGUGGUGGACCAUUUCUGUGGGGAUACAACUGUGUAGAUCUGUUUACAUCACAGCAUUGGCUAGCAGAUGCAAUUAGCAGGCGUGGAAGGACUGCAGUAACAUGUUCGGAGGAGUGUGCAAGGCGACUAGUCUACAGAAAUCGAUCAGAAUGUGCUGGCGAGGAAACUAUCGUAGGAGUAUCACAAAGUCACAACAAAUUCUUUCUCUACCCACGCAUCUAUUUUAGCUCUGCAGCUGAACAGAAAUUGCUGAAUGAGUCACGCUUGUUAUCCUCAUGAAGUCCCAGCGAAAUAUCAUAUUUUCUUACAUUUUAUUAACUGCAAUUUCACACAUUGAUAUUAACUUGAUGCCUUUUUAUGAGUAGAAUUAGUUUUGUUGUUACCUGUUUACUUACUGAGUUUCAAGUGCCUCUGACUACUAACUGCCUGUGAAAC